UUUAUAAAAAGAACUGUCCUUUGUAAAAAGCCCUUUAUAAAAGCUCAAGCAAAGAUUCCAUAUCUUAAGUGUGUUCUCUGCAGAAAACCAACACAAUCAGGCAUACGAGUUACAACGUGCGAAAAUACUAUCAUUUUAAAGGAGGCAAACAUUAAAUGAAAUAUCUGUGGGAUUCACUGUGCAACUAGACCAUGGAGAAUGGAUCAGUGGUGACGUCAUUCAUAUUGAUGCAGUACACGGCAUUAGAAGACCAUAGAUACCUAUACUUCACAUGUUUCCUGCUAUUGUUCAUGCUUUUUCUUUUAACAAAUUUUAUUCUUAUUAUAGUAAUUUACACUGAGAGAAGUCUCCAUGAACCCAUGUACUUUUUUGUGUGUAAUUUAGCAGUGAAUGGCAUUUAUGGAAGCUUAUCUUUACUGCCAGCAGUACUUGUUAAUUUAACGUCUCAUACUUAUGAAAUAUCUGUGACUGCUUGCCUUUUACAAGUUUUUUCUGUACAAACAUAUGGUUCAGUUGAAUUUAGUAUUUUAGCCGUAAUGGGCUAUGACCGGUAUGUCGCCAUUUGUCAUCCAUUACACUAUCACCAAUUAAUGUCUCGUAGAAAAGUGUGUGCACUUAUUGCAUUGUCCUGGAUUUAUCCUUGUAUUCUUUUUGGAAUCGAUUUCAUAUUAGCCGUAAAGCUUACAUAUUGUAACAGGAUCAUACAAAAGGUGUAUUGUAUUUAUUUUGAAUUAGUCAAGCUGUCUUGUUUUGAAACUUCAACUGAGAACGUAGUAGGCCUUAUUGUUGCUUUUUUUAUAAUCGUUCCACAGCUGCUCAUGAUACUAUUUUCCUACGCACAAAUACUCAGGAUCUGCCUGUCUGCUUCUAAGGAAUCUAAGGCCAAAGCUAUUCAAACAUGCACCCCACACUUACUGGCCGUGAUUAACUAUGCUGUGGGAGUCUUAUUUGAAAUUGUUUCAAGUCGUCUCAACAUGAUUCAUGUGCCUCACAAAGCUAGAAUAUUCAUGUCCAUACACUUUGUGAUAUUUCCCCCAUUAUGCAAUCCUGUAGUUUAUGGAAUGACUAUUCAAGCCAUCAGGGUCCAGAUUUUCAAACUGUUCACUACUCGCAAAAAUAGGUUAACACCUCAGGUGUGAUGAUGUAGUCUCAUACCAGUUUAAUUCUUUAACUUAUUUUCAAAGGCAAUAACCUAAGAGAAUUCAAGCCCUGUUCCUAUUCUCAUUUCAGCAUUUACCUGAUACUCUAAUUCAGGGUGGCAUACACCAAUUACAUAAAAAGUGAGAAGCCCUGCUCCAAAACCAUUAUGCUACAUUACCCCCCCAAAUGAACUUCUGGUUCACUCAUGGUUCUUGGCAACUACUGUACCUUGUUCUGUGUGUUUAACCUAAUAAAAUCCCACUUGAUGCACAUGACUCAAUGUUUAUAAAUCAACCUUUCCUUGAUUUUGUGUUCUGGUGUAUUCUCCCUCAAAUAUAAAAAUGAGGCCAAGUUACAACAAACAAUAUUGGCUAUCUUAGCUUAAACAAAUUAAACAAGCUUAAUCCCAAAGCAAUGCUACUUAGUGUUCCCUAAAUAAUUUCAUGCAAUGUGGCCCUGUGUUUUUCAUCUUACCAUCUGAAGGGAAUGUAGUCAUUAAAACUUUAUGUUGCACAUCAAAGUGCAUUUUUGUACAUUGAAAAUAUGUAUUUGUUGAGAUUGCAAAAUGUGACAAAUCUGAAGGAUCUGGUCUGUCUUAGAGAAUUAAAAAUGUUGAUGAAAGAUAUUAAA